AUGACGACAGAGACGAGUAGAAGUGGAACCCAAGGUUUUGGCGGACUCGGUACCCUGUCCAGUGGGAAAGCGGUAUUCGAUGAGACGAAAUUUAAGACGCGUAAGUUGUACUUCAUUGUAUCAGUGAUCAUCCAUCACUUACAAGGCGUCAUGGUAGUUUAUAAUUUUGAAGUGACCACAACUAAAUCUACAGCCUCAGACUGAUACACAUACCAGCGCCUCUAAUUAACUAAAAGCCUCGACGAAAGGUCAUGUGGAUUCGCAGGCUAUGGACUUUCUGCGAAACGCGCAAGAAAAACUCAUUUUUGAUGAGAGGGUGACGAAUCCCAGACACAGCAAAGACUUCGCGAAUCACAGAGAUUUAUGCUUAGUGGGCCUGGUCGUAAGAAAGUAAAAAUCAGGGAGAGGGACAUCGUGAACAUGACGUCCCCUAAUAUGUCUCGUAGAAGAAUUAUGAUCGAAUUCACAAAUGAAGUCUCCAUAUGAAGCACAAAAUUUAACUACUCAUCUUCUAACGCUUAAGUUCUUGAAGAUAAAGGAAAGGAGGAAAAAGAACUCAGCGAGGGGCUCAGGCCCUUCCUCUAGUACAACUUCGUCUUCGCAUCAAGCGGGGGAAGAAGAGCAUCAGAACGACCAGCCUACAAAGGUCAUGGACGACUUCAAAGAUAUUUUUGAAAGUUAAGAAUCAACUUAUACUUGUUACUUUUGAAAUUUAUUUACACAUACGACCAGGACCAAGAGGUUUAGCAUUUCUUGCUCAUCACUGUCCAAAGGUGCCAGUUCCACGAUCAUGGCGUUCUUCAUCUACUGCUAGCUUCUUACCUGAAGAACCCAAUGUAGUUGAACAUGAUGCACAUCGACUCGUCUCCAGAGCUGCCAGUAUCACAGAAAUACUGUCAGACCACGUCUCUAUGAAAGGUGAUAACAGGGGCAAUAGCAUGCAUACGUCUCCUGUGGUGUACGACUUCCUCUCUAACCCUAGCAUUUCGCAUUUUUCAACCGCAAAACGCAAUUGUUCCAUCGCAGAGUGACGACUUUUAUGUGCCCACUGUGGCUUCCUCUGCAUUUGGCAGAUUUUGCAGGCGGAAAGACGGAAACUCGAGAAGCUAGUGAACCUUCGUUACGGCCCAUAUUAUAAGGAUACUUGUUGUUGCACUUGUAGUUUUUAGCUAAUGAUUGAACUACAAGUUGUCGGGAUCGAUGAUGAUAAAGUAUAUCGCCUGUUAGUGGUCGAAGACACUUUAUUCAUACAGUCAAAGUUUGUCUUUUGUCUAAAAUUGUCGUCGUCUGCUGCUGCAUCGUAGAGAUGUCUGAAAGUAGUUUCCUUCUUCCUCCCGACGUGGGUUAUAGAUAUACUCACAGAAUAGGUAGUCCUGGUGCUGGUCCUCUUCUAAUUACAAUGCAAGUGCUGUACCAAGGGUUGGUGUAUUUUGCUUGCGGCCUUAUUACUUUGACGACGGGCAUUCUGGUACACAAUGUUAAGGCAGCUGCCCCUAUUAGGUCUCUCCUAUACUACUGUUCUUGAGGGGUCAUCGUCCCUAUUAGAUCUCUACUAUAGGGACGAUGACCCCUCAAGAACAGUAUGCACCCCAAUACAAGGAAGAUUUCCACAGGAAUUUCCCAAUACGAGGGAGAUUUCCACAGGCAUAUGCUUGAGGGAUUUCCACAGGGGAGAGGUCUAAGAAUGCUCAUCAUCGCUUGCUGGCUAGUACGUGGGCUGGGUUGGAGGACAUGAGGAAUGACGUCACCCACCUGGACAAAAGUCUUGGUGAUGCUGUGCCCACGUCUACAACAAGCGUCAAUGGCAAAGAACCGUCGAGGAGAAGCGAAAAAUGUUAAAAAUUAAUAACAGUCUCCUGAUGAACAAGUAAUAUCUAUGUAUAUUUAUAGGCGAGCAGCAGGAGCAGGAGAAGGAGCACAUCCACAUGCACAUGCUGGUGCUGGCUGUAGUGCACGACUUACAAGAGGGACUAACGAGGCAGGAACAAGACGAGUAGUUGCAAAGGAUCCCUAGGCGGAGGACUGUUGCCGACUAAGAGAAUCUAAGUCUUAGAGACGCGCUGAAAUAACGCAAAAUAUUAGCAGGAUUCAAUGAAUCAUUCCGUUUCCGAAUCCGAUUCAUCCUUCUAGAGAGCUAC